GCGGGGGAAGGGCCGCAGUGUGAGCGCGGCGCGGGGUGCAGGGGAGAACCCCGCCUGGCUCGGACAGAAUUUCCUCGGCUUUGCUGAAAGGCUGAAGAAUGUCUUCCGCUAACUACAUCCAGAUGUGCCUGCCUGGCAGCUCGCUGCCGGGACGGUACCGAGGGGACGCGGGAUCCGCGCUAUCGAAUGGGAUCUGAAGGACUGAUCGAAUGAGGCAGAAGAUCUCCGGGAAGAGCAUGGACGCUUGGGCCAGGCAGCUCAGCCACAGCUUUUAGCAGCCCCAGGAAAACCGCAGGGACAAUGAGAGUUCAUCUCAAGGGGGAUGCGGUCUGUACCCUUUUCCUGGUGGUAGCGCUUUGCUCGGUGCUCUACACCCAGCUGGAGUAUUUAGCCCCCAAAGGGGACAAGGAGCUGACGCAGAAGAAGCCUUCAGUAACACAGAGAAUAUUCCCUGACCCCAGAGCACCUGGGAGUCCCACACCGACUGAGGCAACAGCACCCAGACCCCCAUUAGUUCCUAGCACUAGACGAACAGAAGUGGCUAAUGGCAGGGUCCAAACUGCAACUCCAGCCCCAUCCACUGAUUCUGCCUUCAAUUUCAAGCGUUACCUCCUAAACAAGGACAACAGGAACUUCAACCUCCUCAUUAACCAGCCCAAGAAAUGCAGGAGAAUACCUGGAGGCCCCUUUCUGCUCAUUGCUAUCAAAUCAGUAGUCGAAGACUUCGACAGACGGGAGAUUGUCCGGAAAACCUGGGGCAGGGAGGGUUUGGUGAAUGGGGAGCAGAUUCAGAGAGUGUUCCUCCUGGGGACACCAAAGAACAGGACAUCGCUGGCAACGUGGGAGACCCUGAUGCAGCAGGAGAGUCAGGCGUACCGGGACAUUUUGCUCUGGGAUUUCAUGGACACUUUCUUCAACCUGACCCUGAAGGAGAUCCACUUCCUGAACUGGGCCGCUGAAUUCUGCCACAAUGUGAAAUUCAUUUUUAAAGGUGAUGCUGAUGUUUUUGUCAACAUCGAGAACAUCGUUGACUUCCUUGAGAGACACAACCCCACUGAGGACCUCUUCGUUGGGGACAUCAUCUACAAUGCCCGUCCCAUCCGCACCCGGAAGAGUAAAUACUACAUUCCAGAGACCAUGUAUGGCCUCAGCAUCUACCCAGCCUAUGCAGGAGGAGGAGGCUUCCUGCUGUCCAGCUGCACUAUGAGGAAGCUGUCCAGGGCUUGUGGAGAGGUAGAACUCUUCCCCAUCGAUGACGUUUUUCUGGGCAUGUGCUUACAGAGAAUCAGCCUCAAACCCAUUUUGCAUGAAGGAUUCAAGACCUUUGGUAUUGUCAAACCUUCUGCAGCCCCACACCUACAGACAUUUGACCCCUGUUUUUACAAGGAUUUGAUGGUAGUUCACAGUCUGAAAGUUGCUGAGAUCUGGCUCAUGUGGAACCUGCUCCACAGCCCAAGGCUUUCCUGUACUCAGAAGAGGCAAGUGAAGAAGCCUUUCCAAUGGAAAAGGAAAGCACAAAUUGCAACACAGGCAUCACCUCUCAGUUAAUGCAGGCAGACCAGCAGCAGAAAGGUGUCAAACCAGCUGAGAAAGGGAACCUGGAGGGCUUGCAACCAAAUGAACAGAUUUUAGGAGUAUCUUAGUGCAGCCUAUUUACAGGACAACAAACUCUGGCAGGAAUUUGCCAGAAUUCCACAUUUGCUCACACAUACCACAUAGAUCCUUCUCCAUUAACGUGCCCAAACACUCAUAAUCAUAUGUUUAAUUUAUUAUUAUUUAUUAGAAUUACAGUAGUGCUUAGCAGAUCAGUGUGCACAGACAUUGCAAAAUGCCAUCCUCGGAGAUUUUUCAGCAUUGUUAAGAGAUGUGCAAAAUGGAAGGAGGAUGAGGGAAAGAGAUGAAGCUGAGCAGCACAGAGAUCACUGUCAGCUUGUUACCUUGAUUAGGGCUGGAGUUAUUCAGACUCAAUGAGAAACAAGCUACAUGGUUAACUAGAGUUAAGGAAAUCAGCUGUCCUCAGGGGGUGCUCAGAUGAAAAUAUCACUGCCUGAUUGGCUUUCUGUAAGCCCCAGGAAAGAACAGCUAUUGAGUUGAUGCAGACAGCAUGGACUAGAAGAAAAUAAGCUUGGGGUGACAAGGCCAGUUGAGCAGAAGACAGGUGGGUAAAUAACUGGGAAGGGAUGGAUUUACAAAGCAUUCUUUGCAACAGCAUGAGCUCAAAUUCGUGCUCCACUGACACUGUCAGGACUCAGAGGACCAUCUUUUGGCACUUGAGGGAGAUUAGACUUUCUACACUGUGCUGACUGGCACUCCGUGAAAACUCAUAGCUUUCUAGCAGCACCUGACCUCUCUCACUCUCUAAUGCAUAUCUUCAGAAGGCUUGCAUCUGAGGAGAUCCUUUUGCUUGUGAGGGUGAAAACACACAGAGCUGCUGCUUGCAUCACUUUUGAGAGCUUCUUCAAACCAAAGGAAAUCUUGUCAAUGGACUGGGCUGGCUUCUCUGGACCUCAGUACUCUUCCUGGCGUACUGUCAACUGCAAAGAGCAGCCAGGACUUUCAGCAUUGCUGUGAGUGUCAUGUGAAGGGAGAAAGCAGUCUUCAGACAAAAGGGCUUCAGAAUAAAAGCCCUUCUAAACUCUUGGGGAGAAAAAGCCCACCAGUAUUCUUCCUCUUGGUAAAGGAUUUUCCAUGUUUCAGUUAAUCUAUAACUUCAUAAGUAUUUUAAAUAUCAGACAAGAACACUAGGCUGCUUAGCCUUUCAAAGAACAGUCGAUAGUUCAAAGCAGUUUGUUUUUCUAGCAGCAGAUUACCAUGACAGAACAUCCCUUCCUUGGAUAUCAAACAGUACAUCUCUCAGAACCGAGGUUAAAAAUCUGGAUUUCCCUCUGAAGCUGUAUUUGCUACUCCUUCUGUAAUUUCUUCUCCCUCAACAACCCCCCCCCCAUCCCUCAGAGAACUCCAGAUGCCAUCCCCCACCAGGAGGGCACAUCCACACAGCCAGGAAAUGGAAUCAGUCGUAAAUCUCCAGGAAGCGGCUUUAAUUUCAUCAGAGCCUGCAGUACAGAUGCAGUCAGACCUGGGCACAUCCUUCCUCCCAUCUGGCUGUAGGCUGGCUUCGUUCCUGUAUCACUGGGCAGCUGUGAAGGAAAACACACUGGUCAUACCUACCGAUAUUUGUAACGUCUUACAUGUUACCUUCAUCUUCAGAGUUCAAGCCUUACAAUAAUGUAUUUCCAGGGAAAGGUCGUCUGCAGGAAUCAAAGGGCCAUGAGCAGAAUAAGGGUAUUUUCAGGAAAGAUCCUGAAAUGCAGCAUUCUCACAUGGGCUGCACGAGGAGUAAUAUGUGGGAAGGAGCCAGAGCUUCACUGGUGAGUGAAUGCCAGGUGUACCCCUCUGUACCGUGUGCGAUACGUACGGAAUUAGGAGUUGUAGAGAAACGUGUUACCUGUGUUUAGUUUACAGCCUGGGAAAUUCCUUAUAGCAUGAUUAAAGGACAGCACGCAGGCAUGCCUCCAGUUGUCAGAGUGAGUCUAUUGAGUACAUCUCCACACACAAUCAACCAACACCACGUCUUUUUCACCAAGGCAGCAACGUGAAAGCACAGCAUUCAUUGUUUUGGACAACUUGGUAAGUCUUUCCUUAUGCUGGACUUCACUUAAUGUAGAAAAAUAAACACAGCUUACCUCGUGACUGCAAA